CCGAGCCCGUUGACCGUUCGCGGUUUUUGAUUGGAUUUGGUUGUUUGGUUAUGUUUUGGUUAUUUGAUAUUUUUUUGUAACAAAUAUAUAUUGGUUUUAUGAUCCAUAUUAUAAUGAAAUCUAUUUAUUAAAAGAUGUGUAUAAUUAGAACUAGGUGUAAAGUAUUAUUGAGAGUCUUGGAAUAGUAAUUUUAUAACUCAAAAAAAUAUGGAGGAUACCACUUACUCUAGAAAUAGUACAAGAAACUUCGACAUAAGUAUUUCUGAUGCACUAGCAGAUUUUGAAAGAUUGCGCAUAUCAGCACUAACAAAUGCGGCGGAAAUAAGCCCCUUUGUUAAAGAAGUGACCAUUGGACCUAGGAGCCCUUCAGAGAAACAAAAUUCGAAUGUCGAACGAAUACAGACUCCGAAUACACAAGAGACCAUCGAACUUAUCGAUGAUAAAAUCAGUGACGAUUUACGGUAUACUUUAAUACGUAAAGAUUAUGAGUCUAGGCUACAAGAAAACUCGGAGAUUUGCUUUAAAAAUUUAGUUGAAAAAAUGAUAACAUCUUAUGCAGAUACUAUGCAUGGAUAUUGGAAGAAACAAAGUGAUGAAUGUAAACAAAAAUCUUUAGAGCUCCGAGCUAGAAAACUCCAACUGGCCAAGCAAUUGAGAGAGAAUGAUAAUUUAACAGUACUUGAAAACACAAAGCUAGAUGAGCAGAAAAGUCAACUGAGUAACCAACAAAUAAUAGAAAACAUGAACAAAAUACUGGAAGAACAAAACAAAUCAUCAACAAGAUUCUCAUCCAUCAUAGACAGUCGUACAAAAAUAUGCAUCUGUUUUAAUGAAAUAAAUAAUCUUGAACAAUCAAAACCACAAGUGAAAGAAAUUUUAGAUAAAUAUGUUUCAGCAAUAAAUAAAAUUAUGGAAAAUAUUAACCUAAUCAUGGAAUUUUGUGAAACUGGUUCCAUCACUGAUAAUGAAGUGAAACAGGCUGAAUUAUUAUCAAUAAAAAUUGAAAACAUUAAACAGAGAAUUAUUGAUGAUUUAACUGAGGUUAGGCACCAGGAAGCAUUGAAGAAACAGAAGGAAGAAGAAGAUGCAAAGCGAAAAGAACUAGAUGCUAAACUAGCACAAGAAGCAAGAGAUGCGGAAGAUGCUCGCGCCCAACAAAAGAUUGCCGAGCAAGUAAAAAGGGCCCAAUCCAUGUUCUAUUCUGAUAAAAACUAUGCUUAUUAUGAACAACUUAAAAAUUUCCUUGACAAUUAUGAGAGCAGUUAUAAAGACCUUUUAGACAAUACCAGCUUGAAAAAGUUUAGAUUUGACUGUCAGAAAGCUGUGAAUACUCCUGUAAAUGCCCUAUCAUCUGUUAGUGGUACACAUAUGAAGGAUAAGUUUGACAAAUUGGCAAAACUUCUCAGAGGUGAAAGAGUCCAAGUUUUAGACACAUUUGUUACUGCUGCACAGCAUCCUCAAGGUCUCAAUUACUGUACAGCUCUGUUAGCAAAGAAGAUAGUGAGACAAGGAGAUCUGUUAGUGUCCAGCAACCCUGAAGCUGCAUUCCCUCUUGCAGCUGUAGCUGUUGCGUUGUGGUCACAGUUCCCAAAUUUUGGCAAACUACUUGAAGCCUAUUUUCAUAGAUUUUGUCCAUAUAUAGUGCCAAUGCUGCUCCCACAGAAAGAAGGUCAAACUGACAAAGAGUUUUACAUGUCCAGAGGCUACACAUACAAUGAUGAGGGUGCUGUGGAAAAACAAGACAAGUUUUUAAAGCGAAUGUCUGGUAUAUUCAGAUUACAUUGCGCCAUAUGGAUAGCGAAGACACCUCGAUUUAUAAAUGCCUCAAACCCACAUGGAUUGCGUUAUGCAUGGAAGUGGUUAGCAUCUUUUAUAAAUCUAAAACCAGAACCAGAUAUAAGUGCCACUUUGAUACAUGACUUUUUUACAGUAUGUGGUUCAGAAUUUUUAAAAAUUUAUAAGAAGCAGUGCAUUAAAAUAAUUAAAUUGUUAAGUACAGAGUAUUUAAAAAUAUUGCAAAACAUUGAUGAAGGUGGUCCAAAAACAAGAUUUGAAGUUUUUUUACAAAAUGUCUUAAAAACAGGUCAUAUUCCUCCACCGAAUGGUUUAUUACCACCAAAAACUUGGUGAUUUGAUGUAAACUAUUUCAUUGACAUACUUAAUAGUCAUUGUAUUGAGUACUAAUAGUUAGUUCUAUUAUCUGUAUUAAAUUAAACAUGAUUUGUAUUAUGUAAAAUGAAAUGAGAUUUUAAGAAAUGCAUAAUGAUGAUUGUGAUAAAGAA